AUGGGUAAAAAUAAUUCUUUCAAGGCUUUUGAGAAUGAGGAUGGAAGGAAAUUAGUUAAAGAAAAUAGCCCUUGUGGAAGUGAAGAUUGUGUAGAAUCAUGGGGAACUAAUUUUGAGGGGCUGGAGAAUAUUGCCGAGCAACAACUGUUACAUAAAUAUCGCCAAGAACAACAACUGAUGGAACAGUUUGGCAGUUUAAAUGAUUUGUAUGUCGAUGUUGUUUCUCCUCCUUUUCAAUCCAGUGAGGAGGACAUUAAUCAGCAUGUCGGUAUCGAGUCUCAAAUUUCCGAGCUUAUUGAACCCAAGAAAGAAACGCCGUGCGUGUUUCCUUCUGCAUCCCUUGAGAUGUUAAGGAACUAUGAGAGCGGGCUCAAAAGGUUAAAUGUACAGAGCCAUGUAACAAAUUGCACUAAGAUCAAUUGUGGGAUAUCAUCUGUUGAUUCAAUUAUCAAGUUGGCUGCAGAAAAGUUUCUUCAAUCCAAUUCCUCUAGCAGCGAUGAGCUCUCUGUGCUCAGCCUUCCAUAUGCCAGUUCAUAUUUGGGCUCCGCCAUGGACAAAGAUGUUCAACUUGUUCAAGGUCUUCUGUUUUGUGCUGAAAGAGUAGGUAACAAACAGUAUGAUUCUGCAAGGAAGCUCCUCGAAAGUUGUCACGUGCUCAGCUCCAGUAAAAAGAGUACCAUCCAAAGAUUAGUAUAUUAUUUCACUGAGGCUCUUUACGAGAAGAUCGAUAGGGAGACUGGAAUAAUUAAAGGAAAGGAUUUGGUGGAGAAGCAGUCACUUGAUGUGGAAACCAAAUUGAUGAGUCUGAAUCCUACCAUGCUUGCAUUUCACAAAGGAUUUCCUCUGUCUCAGGUCAUUCAAUUUUCUGGAAUUCAAUCCAUAAUCGAGCAUGUAUCGAACUUCAGCAAGGUGCAUAUUGUUGAUCUUGAGAUCCGGAAUGGCCUGCAUUUCACAAUUUUAAUGCAAGCUCUUGCAGCUCGAUGCGAGUGUCCUAUCAAUCAUAUUAAGAUAACUGCAGUUGGAACAAAAUCUAAGCCGUUGAUUGAGGAGACUGGAAGACAAUUAAAAAGCUUUGCAGGGUCCUUGAAUUUGAACUUUUCUUUUAAAAUAAUCAUGGUAGAAGAUAUCCUAGAUCUCCGUGAAAGUCUCUUUGAUCUUGAUGCUGAUGAAGCAGUUGCAUUCUAUGCAGGAUAUGUUUUGACGAAUAUGAUUGCACGGCAAGAUAGACUGCAAUCUUUGAUGAAAGUGAUUAAAAAUAUUAAUCCCCGUGUUAUGAUUGUCACUGAAUCUGAGGCAAAUGAUAAUUCUCCAUAUUUCGUGAAUCGUUUUGUGGAAGCUCUUUUUUUCUAUGGUGCGUUCUUUGAUAUCCUAGAAGAGUGCAUGAAGCAUGAUGAAUCGAAUAGAACCAUUUCCGAAUCAAAAAUCUUUAGUCCGGCUAUAAGGAACAUUGUGGCAGCUGAGGGAGAGGAAAGAAGGUUCCGGCAUGUGAGUAUAGACAUUUGGAGGUCAUGUUUUGCAUGGUUCGGGAUGGUGGAGAUGGAGCUGAGCAUGUCAUCUAUUUAUCAAGGGAGUCUUCUUCUUAAUAAUUUUUCUUGUGGAGGUUCUUGCUCGAUUGAUAUGGAUGGGAAAUGUCUAAUUUUCGGAUGGAAGGGAACGCGACUUAAUUCAGUAUCUGCAUGGAAAUUUGGAUGA